GAAACAUUACACUUUCAAGAUGGCAGCCUCCAGUGCACCACUGAAUGUCGGCACAUCAAGAAAAUACAGGAAAUCUUUGCUUUAUCUAAUGAUAUUUUUACUUAUUUUUCUGAUUUCCACAGUCAUUGUAAUGCUCUAUCCGAAUUCAGUGACAAGUCUGAUUAAAGAACCAGUAAAUACCUUGAAAAUAUGGUGCCUUUCUUACGGCGCUCUGGUACUUUGCGGAUAUAACUUGUUAUCAAGAAUGGAGUCGGAUCUCGAUGCUUCAUCGGCUAGCAAGAGAUCUAGUGGAAGCUCUACAUUUCUCAAUCAUGCCUCAGUUACAGUGGUGUCCAGCAUAAAAUAUGGAUUACUUCUUUUCUUCAGCUCAAUUGCCUUCCACAUAGUUGCAGUCCUUUAUGGUGCACCAUUUACAGAGACUGUGACAGAAACUGCCAUGUUUGGUGUUUUGCUGACAACCUUAGUGACCCUUCCAACUCUGUGUGUAUUAGGAACCAAUCUUGAGUGUUACAGCAGGCUCAUAGGCAGCAGAAGGCCACAUCCAGGUAUUGAGACCUGUUUAGCAUACAUCGUAGUCUUCAGUUUACUUGGUGCAUGGCUUGGGGCUUUCCCCAUUCCUCUAGACUGGGAUAGACCAUGGCAGAAAUGGCCAGUCUCUUGCUCUAUUGGUGCUUUGUCUGGACAUACACUUGGUCUAACUGCGUCCGUCAUUCACAGCGGGGGCGGGCUAGGAGACUCGUCAGAAACAUUCUUCGGUAGAAGCAAAAGCAAAAACUAUUGAUUUAGAUCAAGCUGAAACAGCAUAAUUUGCUACAGUUUUAGUUCUCAUGGUGAUUGCUAAGCCUAAGAAUGUCAGGAACAGCGACAAGAAGGACUGUAUGACAUAAACUUCCUAUAACUGGAGAGCUGGAAUGCACAAGACUUUGCCUUGGUGCAGGCAUUUCGACUUGUUUUUACUGACUCUUGAUAUGUGUUGACUGCUGACUUGAGAGCAAAGUGGAGCUCAGAAAAAUACAGUAUGCGUUGGCUUUGUGUAGGGUGGUCAUGAGGAUAACGUUACAUAUAUUUAGUUUUGAAUGGCAUGUUAAAAAAGAGGUGUUCUUUUGAAAUCUGUAUACUGUCACAUUUAAAGUUUAUUACUGAUGUGUAAAUUCAGGAAAGGGCAUCAACCCAUUUUUAUUAAGACUUUGGGAGGGCAAGUACAUUCAUCAGAAGCAUAUGUUACAUGCAAUCAUAGAAUACACAUUUUAUUAUGUUUAGGUGUAACCCCUGCCAUUUCCAGGUUCAACUUGUCUUUUUAUUGAAGCUUGUGAUAAAUAAUUUAUAUAAUGAAACCAAGUUACUCAAGUUUACAAAAUAUGUUUAGAUAAAGAAGAAUGUAGGGAAUCCAUCCCCCUAAUUUUGCAUUACGGUAAUAGUUUUCUUAAAAGAAGUUCAAAUUAAGAAGAAAAAAAAUUGCACCUGUUGUGCUGGGGAAAUAAAGUCUUGGGUUGCACCGCAUCUCAAACCAAACCCACUGGAUUAGAGUUUCCACAUGGAAUUUUUCUUUACUUCUUUACACCACAAGUUCCAUUCCAUCACCUUUCCUGUUGCGGGAAGGAGUGACAGCUGUAAAUAAGAUUUUCUUAUGAAUUAACUGAUGAACUCACUCACCUGAAUAUCCAUUUGUGUUCAGCAAUAUGGUGAGAUUAGCAAGCAUCAGUAUUGUUCCAAUCUUGAGACAUACCGGUGCAUAGGUGAUGAGGUGAUUUUUUAUUGCACAUUUUAGUAGUCCAUGUACUAUCACGGAGGUCUUUUGCCCAAGCUAAACAAGAUAUGAAGAUCAGGGCCCCGUCUUACAAAGAGUUCUCAAUCGCAGCCAUGUACAUAAGAGAUAGGAGACUGCAAACUUGCGAUUGAUCAAUCGCAAUUCUGUGUAAGACGGGGCCCAGAGUUGUCCCAAUUGUACAGAAAUGUGCCUAGAAUUCAGAUUCAUAUUCUAACCUAUGAUGUUAACCAUGACUACUGGUAUAUACAAAAUAAUAAAACAAAUCUUGGUACAUUCCACAA